CCAACGCGUGCCAAAAAUAGCGUUACUCACAUGUAUUUCGUUUUCGCCAACCCAUUCACAGGAAGUUAGUUCACUGUUCUAAGGACGAUUUCGAGUUUUGAUACGAAACUAUUCGAGAACAAAGCUGGUGUUUUACGGAGGAUUUGAAGGUCUCGGAAUUGACAGGUGAUGCAAUUAAGACUUGAAAAUGGUUUUGCCGAAAUUUUGUUUUCAUAACCUCAGUUCUGGUGCGGCGGUGAUGGUCAUGGUUUCGCUUCUUGUUAUGCCACCAACCACAUUUACAGCUGCUGGAAUCAACCCAGGGAUGAGAAUCUACAAGGAGGGAGACGUAACUAUUGGUGGUCUUUUCCCUGUGCACGUGCGCGGAGAUUUUAGAUCGAAAUUUAUGUCAUUAGCUGAAGCCAUGGUCUUUGCCAUCGAACAGAUCAACAAUGAUUCGAAACUUUUGCCGAACAUCACGCUGGGUUACGACAUCACUGACACAAAUCUAAUAAACCGUCGAGCCAUGAAAGCCACCUUGGAUUAUGUCAAUGUUCAUAAAUUUGCUUUUAUGAAUCCUACACUGAAUGAAUCGUGUCUCAUUUUACCGCCGAACCGUUUCUCUCCGGUGGUCGCUGUUGUUGGGACUGGUAACUCGCGGUCUUCAAUCUUGGUGUCAAAUUUAUUGGAGGUUGAAGAUAUUCCGCUUAUAAGCUAUGCUGCAACGAGCGACGAACUCAGUAGCAGCGCUUAUCCAUCGUUUUUCCGCACUGUUCCCCCGGAUCGGUUUCAGUCGAAAGUGAUGGCGGACAUUGCUCACGAGUUUAAAUGGCGUUAUGUUGCAGCUAUAGCACAGGACGACGCGUACGGGCGAUCUGGGAUUGAAUUUUUACAAAAACAUACCAAACCCUUAGGGAUCUGUAUUGCGUACGAAAAUUAUUUUCCCGCCACUGAGGAUAAUCAGAGGGAUGAGAAAAUCAAAACCAUCAUUGAGGAACUCAAAGCGAUGGAAGAAGUUGGUGUGAUAAUCUUGUACUGCACCAGCCGGCACGCUCUGGCUGUGCUGAGAGAAGCUAUGCGUCAAGGCCUGGAGGGUCGAACCUGGGUUGCUAGCGAAGCCUGGGGAAAUCACGACAGUGUUAUCAAGGAAAAAGAUCUUCAACCCAUCCUGCAGGGAAUNAAAAAAAAAUCGAACACAAUGACUGUGAACACAAAGCUGAACUUGAAAAUGGUUUUGCCGAAAUUUUGUUUUCAUAACCUCAGUUCUGGUGCGGCGGUGAUGGUCAUGGUUUCGCUUCUUGUUAUGCCACCAACCACAUUUACAGCUGCUGGAAUCAACCCAGGGAUGAGAAUCUACAAGGAGGGAGACGUAACUAUUGGUGGUCUUUUCCCUGUGCACGUGCGCGGAGAUUUUAGAUCGAAAUUUAUGUCAUUAGCUGAAGCCAUGGUCUUUGCCAUCGAACAGAUCAACAAUGAUUCGAAACUUUUGCCGAACAUCACGCUGGGUUACGACAUCACUGACACAAAUCUAAUAAACCGUCGAGCCAUGAAAGCCACCUUGGAUUAUGUCAAUGUUCAUAAAUUUGCUUUUAUGAAUCCUACACUGAAUGAAUCGUGUCUCAUUUUACCGCCGAACCGUUUCUCUCCGGUGGUCGCUGUUGUUGGGACUGGUAACUCGCGGUCUUCAAUCUUGGUGUCAAAUUUAUUGGAGGUUGAAGAUAUUCCGCUUAUAAGCUAUGCUGCAACGAGCGACGAACUCAGUAGCAGCGCUUAUCCAUCGUUUUUCCGCACUGUUCCCCCGGAUCGGUUUCAGUCGAAAGUGAUGGCGGACAUUGCUCACGAGUUUAAAUGGCGUUAUGUUGCAGCUAUAGCACAGGACGACGCGUACGGGCGAUCUGGGAUUGAAUUUUUACAAAAACAUACCAAACCCUUAGGGAUCUGUAUUGCGUACGAAAAUUAUUUUCCCGCCACUGAGGAUAAUCAGAGGGAUGAGAAAAUCAAAACCAUCAUUGAGGAACUCAAAGCGAUGGAAGAAGUUGGUGUGAUAAUCUUGUACUGCACCAGCCGGCACGCUCUGGCUGUGCUGAGAGAAGCUAUGCGUCAAGGCCUGGAGGGUCGAACCUGGGUUGCUAGCGAAGCCUGGGGAAAUCACGACAGUGUUAUCAAGGAAAAAGAUCUUCAACCCAUCCUGCAGGGAAUGGUUGGUGUUGUGUUCACGGAUGUAACUGUUCCUUCAUAUAAGCGGUAUCUAUUGUCUCGCACUUCCGCGUACAGACCAGAACCGUGGUGGAGACAUUUCUGGGAACGAGAAUUUGAUUGCACUUUCAACAUCACACCAUCAGACGGAAUGAAGCGGUGCUCUUACCACCUCAAGGUCAACGAGAGUGUCUUUGAAAACAGUCUGUCUGACAGCAAAGCCACAUAUGUCAUAAAUGCUGUGUAUGCUAUUGCGCAUGCGUUAGACGCCAUAUUCAAGUGUAAAUCGCCUCCAGUGAGCCAAUGUCCGCAGUUGGAACCAUACAUUGAACCACGCGAUGUCCUUGAUUACUUGAAAAAAGUGAAUUUCACAAGUGAAGUGUCCAAGGUCUUCUUUGACGAUAACGGUGAUUCUUUGGCUUCUUACAGCAUCAUCAACUACCGCGCUGGUAACGGAGCAGGCGGUCGAGUGGAGACUGUGGGAACCUGGGAAGUGGGAAAGCUCAACCUUAACACUAGCCUCAUUAUUUGGAACAACGGGUUGACGGGAACCAUCCCAAGAUCGGUUUGUAGCGAGAGAUGCGAACCUGGAUUUCGACAAACGCAGGAACUCAACUGUUGUUGGCAAUGUAUCAGAUGUUCACAGGACACUAUAACAAGUGUGUCUGGAGCGAUGAACUGCACACCCUGUGCUGCGGACCACAUCUCGAAUGAAGCGCGAACACAAUGCAUCCCAGUCCCCUUGGAGCGCAUCAGCUGGGGGGACCCCCCCGGAGUGUUAAUCGCCUUUAUUGCUUGUUUGGGAGUCCUAGCGUCGGUUCUCGUUGGUGCAGUGUUUGUGUGGCGCAAUGAAACUCCGAUCGUGAAAGCUUCGAAUCGUCAACUCAGCUACACAUUCUUAUUUUGUAUCGGAAUGAACUAUCUAUGGGCCUUGGUGAACCUCGCUGAACCAAGCGACUGUAUUUGUCCUCUAUCACAGGCCUGGUUUUAUCUCUUUUACACAGUUGCUAUAGUGGUGCUUGGCGUCAAGACAAAAAGAAUUGUCCAUUUGUUUGAACACCGAGUCCCGCGCUCUGAACUCACCAAAACAUUCAUCGAGAAACACAAGCACAUUUUAGUAAUUGUCGGCGUUGCAGGCCUGGACUUGUUAAUCUUAAUUAUUUGGUUCGCAGUGGACAUACCUCGGCCACACAUUGACAAAUCCUUGCGGACAACCUAUUUUCUGGAGUGUUUGGAGAAUUCUGUCGUGAUGGGACGUUUUUGCCAAUAUCUCCUCAUCGCCAUCCUCGUCAUCGUGUCAAUUGUCUGUUGCUAUUUCGCGUUUAAGUCCAGAAAAUUGCCGCAUAAUUUCAAUGAAGGGAAAUUCAUCGCGUUUGCUCUUUACGUCAUUGUUAUCUCCUGGGUGACGUUUUACCCAGUUUAUUUGAACAUCCGCGGUAAAUACUCGGUGGUUAUCUCGGGUGCAGCCUCAAUAAUCGCUGCCACUGGACUGCUGGUGUGCAUCUUUGUACCAAAGAUUUACAUUAUUCUUCUUCACCCCGAGAAAAAUACUGUGGCUUACAUGAAGAGCCAAAUUUCCAGCCACACCUUCCGGCGGAGCACAAUGGAGCCAGCGGAGUCACAGCAUAGGUCGUACAACAUCCCGGAGAGUAACGCAGUAAGGACACCCACGGAGAUCCCGGUCCAAGGGGUGACUCCGACCCAACCCAAGCCGGACUCCCAGAGUAUAAAAGAUAUUGAAGGGAAGAAUGAAAACGCCAUAACUAUGUUGUAAUUGUUAGGCUCUGCAGAAAAGAAAGACAAAAACGAGACGUCUCAGACAAAACUGGAAGAGCUAUUCGUGCACCAGCCAUAACGAGUAAGACUAGUCGUGAAAAGAACGUGAUUGAUUCCCACAGAAUGACGCAUGGAAAUUGCAAUAGCUUCCAGCAGCCAUUUCCAGUGGGCUAAUUUUGUGUUUUCAUUACUUAAAUACAAUCUACUAAUUCUCUACCGCUUCAGUGUUCAGUAACUGGAAAUGAUCGUACUUUGCUAAUUAAUUAAGUAUAGGUCAAAGAAUGACUUAGCAGACACCAGUGAUGUUGGAAACCUUCUGUAAAUAUACAAGUUGAAUUCCUAAAUAAGUGGCAAACUAUAAGGGGUUUUUUCGCAACACCAUUUCUCGAGCAAAAUUGAUUGAAGACGCAAAAAGCGAGUGCGUGCCACAAACUAGCUCGUUUAUGCCUCCUGGCAAGUAUGAGAAAAUAAUGAAUGUGAUUUUCAUCAAAAUUGUUUUAUUUUUAAUUACGAAAAAAUCAUUAUGAAGACCUGAUGUUUGUUUCACGUAGUGGAAUAACAACAAGUUUAUUUAAAUUUUACAUUGUUAAAUUAACUGGAAAUUUUUUUAUAUGACAGAGAUAGGAUUUAUACAAUAAAAACAAAUUUAAAUUAAAUGCAAGUUUGUGAUGUUUUCCUUUUUGUCCAACAGAAAUAAAUCUUUAUGUCAACUUAUGGGUUUCUCUCCCUCGCGGCUACACGCGUGUAUCGCGGCGUCGUUACUCACUCGCCCAAAACCCCCAAAAGAGAGUUUCCUCGCAGGUUAUUAGUGGCAGUAGAAUUCAUAAAAUCAUUACGGGAAUCGAGUGAAAAAAAAACUCUCCUUCGAUGAUCUUGAAUGUCUUGCUUGAAAGUUAUUUCGGUCUUGUGGCGCACUUCAGUAUUUCAGAGUAUAAAACACGGUCGACCACUCGAGUCAGAUACAUAACGAGAUUUUUUUUUCUAGCAUAACCGGAAAUAUGCACACCGGUGACCAGAGUGUAAUUAUAUUUCUCUUUCAUCAGUUGAUGGACUUCCUGAGAGAGAAAUUUACAGUGUUUUUUUCCCUACUAAUCAAGUUUAACAAUUGUGGGUGAAUUGAUUUUCUUUGCUGUUCUUAAUUCUCCUAGCAAACGCGCAAGCUUCCCAACACAUGCCUCCCCCUCUCCCCUCAACUCAAAUCGCUUUCCGUAGAUACGCGAACUUUUCAGAACAGAGGAAGCCUUCUAGGCUUAAUUACCAGCCGCUGUUAGGGAAAGGAACCCGCGCUCCUCUCCCGUAGACCAGAGUAAGUAAGUAAGUAAGUAAAUAACCUUUAUUUAAACACGAUAAGUAAUUAAGCUUGCAGCUUGUGGGGCCGUGUGUAAAUAAACAAUAAAGAAUCACUACAAAAUAAGAAUUAAGAAAUUCACAACGUAAGAUCUAACCUAGUUUAAAUAAAAAUUUGCAGCUAAUAAUAAUUUACUUAAUUAUUGACAUUAUGUGACUAAUAAACUAAUAAACGUGUCUGGUAAUAAACCAGACACGAGAGAGCGGCGGAAAUCGAGCCUAGAAGCUUUUUGACACCAGAUUCCUUUACAGACAAAAGUGUUUCAGAAUGUUCCGCCAAAAGUUGAACAUGGCGGAGCAAAAUCAAUGAGGUUCUGAUGACUAUGAUCAUGAUUAGGCACCGUGCCCAGUUUCCGCCGUCCACGAAUUUACCCCAAGCCCGACACAGCAUACUUCGGUCAUGCAAGUGAGCUUUUACAAAAAUGCAGACAACCUCUCCCCCCGGACAAUAUGCUACGAAUCAGUUUGUGGAGAUCAUUUGCACGCGGUAGAAUAACGUGUUGGAAUGUACCUACAAAGCGGAAAUGUUUACGACUGAGAUGCCAAGCGCGUAUCAUUUCCGAGGGUCCACAAUGGGGUUCUCAGAUCCCACUUUCCCGCCCAUUUUUUCCUGUUAAUCCCAC